AUGCCUCGUAUCAGAAAAAAGACAAGUAAACGCGGGUCGACGAACCAACGCUCCAAGCUCAAGCAUAAGGUCGCUGAGAGCAAAAAGAAGGCAAAGAAGGCGGCAAAGAAAAGUCCUCAAUGGAAGUCAAAAACUCCCAAAGAUCCAGGUAUUCCCAACAAUUUCCCUUACAAGGAUCAGAUCUUAGCCGAAAUCGCUGAAGGACGUAGACUGGCUGCGGAGGCGAAGGAGCGUCGGAAGGAGGAGAAGAAGGCACUGAAGACGCAUUCCAAUGUCGUCAAAAAGCAUGCACAGGAGGAACCUGAAUCUGGGGAGGAGGGGUCGGGGGACGAAGGUUCACAAGCAGGAUUCGAUGGUAUUGCCAGCCUCGGUGCAAAGGGGCGGAUGCAUACCAAAGAGAAAGGGAAACCUACCGCCGUUCCGCCUCCUCAGGAUGAAGACGAUGUUCCCACUUUGAUCAACCCGGACUUGCCAAAUCUGAAAUCCGUGAUUGACCGGGUGGAUGUAGUGAUUGAGGUUCUCGAUGCGCGCGAUCCAAUGGCGUGUAGGAGCGCGCAACUGGAGGAAUACGUGACCAGCAAGAAUGGCCGGAAGUUACUUCUGGUGUUGACCAAGAUCGAUACAUGUGCAUUGGAACCUGUCUCCUCAUGGACGAAGCACCUACGACAAAAUCACCCCACUCUGCUUUUCCGCGCGGCUUCCUCAUUUCUUCCAAAUGCUCUAGAUGUCACCAUUCCUAGAAAGGGCAAGGGUAAAGAGCCUGCGAGUGAUGGGUGGGGCGUUGAAGCCACCCUUGCUCUUCUAGAGAAGUGGUCGCAAAACGAAACUGGAUCUGACCCGUUUGAGGUUGCUGUCGUCGGGGCGACAAAUACAGGCAAGAGCGCGUUCAUUAACUCCCUUAUAAAACACUCUGUUUUCCCUAUGUAUCCAUCGACAACUUCACGACAAGCACCAACCACCACCCCUUUUGCUCAGGAGACGUCAAUAGAAUUGGGCGGCAAGGUCAUCAAAUUCAUCGAUACUCCCGGCCUCUCCUGGCAGCAUGCGUCGGAACAUGGCUCUGAAGACUCAGAGCGCGCUCGCGCACAAGAUAUUCUACUAAGGAGCAGGGGUCGGCUUGAUCGUAUGAAGGAUCCGGCGCCAGCAAUAAAGCAAAUUGUGUCCCGUGCGGAAACGGAAGACCUGAUGGUCUUUUACAACCUCUCAGCAUUUACCAAAGGAGACACGAAUGCAUUUUUGUCUGGCGUUGCACGGGCAAAUGGUUUUGUCAAGAAGGGUGGUGCCCUCGAUCUGACCGGCGCAUCACGUAUUGUCCUCCGAGAUUGGGCUACUGGCAAGCUCCCGCGCUAUGCCAUCCCACCCAAUACUGUCUCUGGUGCCACUCCUCUUGAGUCAUUUGAUGACGUCUAUGCCAAGGAUGAAUCGAUUUUGUCACAACUGAAGACCCGCAAGGAGCUGCGCAAGGCGCACGGGCUAGUACGACUAGUUUCUGGUGUUGUGGAUAGUCGUGUCGUAGAGCUGGAGGCUCCUUGGCUCGGUUUAGACGAAAGUGAUGGUGAGGACGACGAGGCCGGGGAUGCGGACACGGCAGACGCCAUAUCCGAAGUGGAUGAGGAAGAAGAAGAAGAGGACGAGGACGAGGAUGAGGAAAAUGCCGAAGAAGCUGAAGCACUUGCUCCUCCUGUCGGCAAACGGAAACGCGCCUUUGCCGCCACUACGCUUCGCCCAUCGAAAAAAGUCGCCUUCUCUGCCCCUUCACGGUCAGGCAAGUCAUCUUUCCUCAAGGAUACUGCGGCCUCAAAAGCAGCAUCCCCUCCACCAUUGACUCAGCCGACUCUCAAAUCUGCGUUGAAGUCACCAAAAUUGAGUGCUUCCAAGAAGCCAAAGCCAAAAUCAAACGCUGUACUUAGACCAACCAAAAAAACUCCCGCAAACGAGCCUUCGAAGAAGGCAGUGACGGGGAACAGCGGCGAGUAUGAUUUCACCAAGUAUUUCUAGACAUGCUGUCCGCAGAAUAUACUUCACGGUUUCCCGGAUC